AUAAACGGUUCAUUGGUAGUAGCAGUGGCUGACAAUGGAACCCUCGAUCGUGAAGUAAGGGAGAGACAUAUGGUGCACAUGAUUGUCCGGGAUGGAGCGGGAAAUCAAGAUUCGGCCGCGCUUUACAUCGUACUUUUGGACAUCAAUGACAACGCCCCUCGUUUCACCCAAGACCAAUACGCAAUACAAGUAAUCGACAACUGGCCUACAGGCAUUGUGGUUGAUCGCUUGAAGGCCACGGACAUCGACGCAGGUGAAAACGGUCGCGUCACCUACUCGCUGGCUUCUGGAAGUACAAAAUAUCUCUCCAUUGACCCUAAAACAGGGGAGCUGAAGAUUUCCGGAGAGCUGGCCGGAGCCGCCAGAGAACAACCAUACGAAGUCGUUGUUAUUGCGGAGGAUUCAGGUACUCCCAGUUUGAGUUCAUCAGUUCGAAUAAAGCUGAAAAUUAGUGAACCGUUGAUGGAUGAAGAUGGCGAAAAAGGACAAGUGGUUUUCGUCGAUCCACCUGUGGAUUUCGUCCUGAAUCUCAAAGAGGUUUGCGAAUACCCUAAUUGA